AAAAGUAAAUGGAUAAUUAAUGGAUAUGGCCGCUACUAACCAACCUAAACCCAACAAGCCCAAAAUUGUCGAUCUCAAUGAUCCGCCCUAAAUACGAGCUUUACAGCCUUUACUCCCAUGGAGUUUCUGGCGGUUGGGGAGCUUUGUCGUGUAGUUGCUAUUGUAUUUUAUUUUACAAGUUCAGGAGUUUGAGGAUGUUGCCUAUUGAUCCAACAAAAAAGAUAUCUUUUUCUCGUAUAGUCUGUGAUGGAGAUUUGGUUAUCGUCUAUGAGAGACACGACAACAUGAAGGCUGUUAAAGUAUGUCAGGAUUCUGUACUUCAGAACAGAUUUGGUGUAUUCAAACAUUCAGACUGGAUUGGAAAGCCUUUUGGAUCCAAGGUUUUUAGCAACAAGGGUGGUUUUAUUUACUUGUUAGCCCCAACUCCGGAAUUAUGGACUCUGGUUCUGAGUCACAGGACCCAGAUUCUCUAUAUUGCUGAUAUAAGCUUUGUGGUCAUGUACUUGGAAAUAGUUCCCGGUUGUUUGGUUCUGGAAUCUGGGACUGGAAGUGGAUCUUUAACCACGUCACUUGCAAGGGCUGUUGCUCCCACAGGACAUGUCUACACAUUUGAUUUUCAUGAACAAAGGGCUGCCUCAGCUAGGGAGGAUUUUGAGAAGACAGAAGUGUGCAAUUUAGUCACUGUGGGAGUUAGAGACAUUCAAGGAGAAGGCUUUCCAGAGGAAUUUUCUGGGUUAGCAGAUUCCGUCUUCCUGGACCUACCCCAACCUUGGCUGGCCAUUCCUUCAGCAGCAAAAAUGCUGAAACCAGAUGGGGCUUUAUGCUCCUUCUCCCCAUGUAUUGAGCAAGUACAACGCACCUGUGAUACUCUAAUAUCAAAAUUCACAGUGUUGAUUAGGUCAUUGAUGGGGCUUGUGCAUGUAUCUUCUGCUUCUUUGUUAGAUAUAAGAACAUUUGAGGUACUACUUCGCACUUACGAAGUUCAAGAAGUGAGAAUGAAUUGCAGCCAGGGUGAUGGAGGCAACCUAGGGUCUCUUAUACGCAAGAGGCGGCGGCAUUCAGGCAAAGGAAACAAUGUGCAGGACAAUUUGAGUUCACCAACAGUCAUGGCUAGGCCAUGCAGUGAGGCAAAAGGCCACACUGGUUACCUGACAUUUGCAAGACUCAAAUGCCUCUCAUAAUUCUGCCACCCUUCCAAUUUGUAGGAUAGUAAGAGUUCUUAUUCCUCUACCUGGGCUAGCGAGUUCAGUCCAGAUCUCAUGUAUGGAAUUCUUUUUGUUACUCCAAAAUUGGAUGGUUCAAAGAAUAUGUCAAAUCUAUGUUGAAUCACCAUUUAGCAGGGCUACUAGGACUUGGGUUUUCAAUGGGUGAUUCUUGGAUUGUUGCAAUUUUAGUUCUUUAUUUGGCGUCCGGAAAACAAAUGGGAUUAAGGAAUGACAUCUGGUUGCCACUA